CGAUCCUACCUGUGAGGGCGAUGGUAUAAAAGGGAAAAAUUGAAAAACGUCGCUCAUUACUCGUAUCGGCACUCGUCGUAUUAGUAUCAUGGCACCCAAAGCAUCAGGAUCGAAAGGAGCUAAGAAGGCCGCCACCAAGGCAAAGGCCAACCGUGGGACUGACAAGAAAAGGAGGAGGAAGAGGAGGGAAUCCUACAGCAUCUACAUCUACAAAGUGUUGAAACAGGUGCACCCCGACACCGGUGUGUCCAGCAAGGCCAUGUCCAUCAUGAACAGCUUUGUCAACGACAUCUUUGAGAGAAUCGCCGCUGAGGCUUCCCGUCUCGCUCACUACAACAAGAGGUCCACCAUCACCAGUCGGGAGAUCCAGACCGCUGUCCGUCUCCUUCUGCCCGGUGAAUUGGCCAAGCACGCUGUCAGUGAGGGAACCAAAGCUGUCACCAAGUACACCAGCUCCAAGUAAACUCCUGAAAAAGUUUACUACAAACACAAACGGCCCUUUUCAGGGCCACCCAAACUCCUCAAAAAGUCCCAAUGAACACUCGAAAAAAACGCAAUUACUUAGUUCUUAGUUUUGUGUUAUGUUUUAAUUCAUCAUAAGUUAGAAGGGUAUGAAUUAGUUAAGUAUGUGUGUGUAAAAUAAAUGAAUGUAUGUGUGUGUGUUGUAAUGUAUAUUGUGUGUAUACAUGUAUGUAUCAAAGCAUAAUUCAUAAACAUACGGAAAUGAAACACGUCUUGAUCAUGAUUGUAAUUGAGUGGAUGAAACUGUAGUUGGACAAUAUUUAUUGAUAAAUGGAAAUGUAUUGCAAACGUGUGUGGAGUUUACUGGUGUUACUUGUCCGUGUGUAUUGCGAUGACCAAUGUAAUGUUAUUGUUUAUUGCGGUACGUAUACGUGUACCUUUAUGCGUAUGUGUACGAUAUUAUUCUUAUCGAUAUUUAUUCUCCGUGUAGUAGUAUAAGAUCAGCAUUUAUGUUUUUAAUACUGGUGACAUAGCGAUGGAAAUAAAUAAAAUGUAAUUAUACAAUUGGUUGUUAUUGAAUUAGCCUGUGUUGCGAGUGCAAUGUAAUUGAUGUAGUGUUUAUUAAUUACCCCAUGUGAGUUGUUUGUGCUUAUGAGAAUGGAAUAGCUACAGUUGU